AUGGCAGACAGGAGGAGAAUCAAUGGGCCGCCAGGUGGGACAAGCGCACCAGUGUACACCAAAUAUCUUGCAAAAGAUCCAAAAGAGUUACCAGAACGGCCUACGCGGGUCAGACCAAACAACGCAUUAAGGAAAUUAUUUUUGAAGACUGGUGUCACUCCAUCAGCGUCAGGGUCUGCUUACCUUGAGCUUGAAGCUUCGAAAAAUCCCAAAUCUACCACCCCAGGAUUAGCAUCAUUAUCGACUUCUGGCUUGAAACUCACCUGUACAGUCCACGGCCCUAGACCUCUACCAAAAUCUGCACCAUUUUCGCCUCACAUAAUUUUAACGACACAUGUCAAGUACGCGCCGUUUGCAACACGAAAAAGAAAAGGUUACUUACGAGAUUCAAGCGAACGGGACCUAGGGGUACAUCUUGAGACGGCGUUGCGCGGGGUGAUUAUUGGCGAUCGUUGGCCAAAGAGUGGUGUGGAGGUUAUCAUAACUAUUCUGGAGGGCGAGGAAGACCAGUGGUGGGGAGAUGAUAUUGGAGGAUCCAAUACAUCAGCGGCGGAUUGGGGUAUGAUGAGUGUUCUAAGUGGGUGUAUAACUGUUGCCUCGGCAGCGAUCGCAGAUGCGGGCAUUGACUGUGUCGAUGUUGUCGCGGGAGGAGUGGCCGCCGUGGUAAAGGACUCAGGCAGUGAGGGUAUUUCAUCUACACCAGUUUUGGUUUUGGAUCCUGUCCCUUCAGAGCACAAGGAAAUUGUGGCUGCUUGUGUUGUGGGAUAUCUACCGGCACGAGACGAAAUCACAGACCUGUGGGUCAAAGGGGACAUUGGGCAUGAAAACCAAACCGAAAGUGCAACACGGACCUCGUCUUACGAGCAACUUGCUGACAAUGCGGUGCAAGCUGCAUUAGGAGCUCACCGUGUCCUUGUUGCUGCACUGAAAGAGACAGCUGAUGUCAAACUGGGACGUUUAUGA